UGUAGUCCAGCUGGGUGCGGGGAGGGCGAUGCUGUGGCUGCGGCUGCCCCGCGUGGGUCGGACCGCCGGGCGGGGCGGGGCACUGGCCAUGCAACCCCCCCGGCGCCCCACUGCGCACCGGGGCCCCGCCCCGUGCCAGCCCCGAGGCGACCGGGCCUCCCUGCACCGGGCUGGUUGUGCUCUCCCGCCCCAGCCCCAAGCAGCUGGGGGGCCCAGCCCCACGUGGUGGAUCUGCGCAGCGACACGGUGACCAGGCCCAGCGUGGCGAUGAGACAGGCUAUGGCCCAGGCCGAGGUGGGGGAUGACGACUAUGGGGAGGACCCAACGGUCAAUGAGCUCCAGCGCGUGGCCGCCCAGCUCCUAGGAAUGGAGGAGGCUUUGUUUGUGCCAACGUCGACCAUGGCAAACCUCAUUGCUGUGAUGUGCCACUGCCAGCGCCGGGGGGCUCAGCUGCUCGUCGGGAGGGAGGCCCAUCUGCACGUCUUCGAACAGGGAGGGGUUGCGCAGGUAGCUGGGGUCCAUUCCCAGGUGCUACAGGAUCUGCCAGAUGGCACCUUGGACCUCGACGAGCUGGAGUCGACAGUCCGUGCGGGCUAUGGCAGCCGGUACCACCCUCGCUCAGUGCUCGUCUGCCUGGAGAACACCCACAGCUCUGCAGGGGGCCGGGUGCUCCCCCUUGCCUACCUCAGGGAGGUGCGCCUGCUUGCUGACCGCUACAAGCUGCGCAUCCACAUGGACGGGGCGCGGCUGAUGAAUGCGGCUGUGGCCCAAGGCGUCGCCCCGGCUCAGAUCACCCAGCACUGCGACUCCAUCUCCCUCUGCUUCUCCAAGGGGCUGGGUGCCCCGGCUGGGGCACUGGUUGCUGGGUGCAGAGAGUUCGUGGCAGAGGCCUGGCGCAUACGGAAGCUGCUUGGUGGAGGGAUGCGCCAGGCUGGAGUGCUGGCGGCAGCUGCCCGCGUAGGGCUGGAGCGCAUGGAGGAGACGCUGCAGAGAGACCACAGCAACGCCCACCGCUUUGCCCAAGGCGUCUGGGAGCUUGGCUCACCCAUCUGCUCCGUCAACCCCUCGGCUGUGGAGACCAACAUGGUGCUGGUGAGGGUGGCUGUGCCCUGGCUGUCCCCUGAGAAGCUGUGCGAGCGCAUGCAGGCGGUGAGCGAGGAGGAGGUGGCUGAGACGGGGCAGGCUGUCAGCGUGCGGCUGUUCCCGUGGACCGCGCGCUCCCUGCGGGCCGUCUGGCACUGUGACGUCUCCGCACAGGACACCCAGCUGGCAGCCAACAAGCUGAAAUUUGUGGCCGAGCAGUGCUGGCGGGAGCGAGGUGCUGCACCCUAGGGCAGGCAGGAGGGGUGCGCCCAGGGCAGACAGGAGAGCGCUCCUGCCUCUGCUGCUGGCUUCCCUUUGGAGCCCGGGGCUGCCAAACCAGGAGCGAACAUACCAGCGCCAGCCGGGGGCCCACCCUGCCCAGCCUUCUGCCUGCCAGCGUAGCAGGAUGCCGCUGGCUGGCCCAGGCCAUGCAGACAUAACCCACACGGGAACCUGGCCGGCUCCAGCCACAGUGCAGCAGAGGCAGGCCCAGCCCUGCCUGGGGAAGCACAGGGGUUCCCACCCCCUCUCCAGGAUGGAGCCAGCCGGGGCCAUGGCAGUGGGAGUUACAUGGGCGUGGCCCAAUGACUGAGCCAUGCCGGGCUGCACUGCCCCGAGCCUGCUGCUCGCCUGUCUACACUCCACCGGCCCGGCCAGACACUGCUCACGGCUCCAAACACCCCUGUGGAUGCAGUGCUGCUGCCAGCUGAAUCAGGGCCUUGGCCCCUCUCCCCACAGUGCCUCUGGAGUUAUCCCACCAGGGUGCAGCGGGCCUGGGGGCAAGGCCGGGAGCAGCGGGACUCCUGCCCACAGGGAUGUGCGCUAUGGUCCAUGCACACAGGGCUGUGUGACCCAACUGCUCUAGGGUUCAAGGGACUGUGGGAGGCUCUACACCCUGGAGCCUGUUGUGAGGAUGCAGGGCUGGAAGUGCUGGUGCAGUCUGCUGAGCUCUGUGCCAUUGCUGGCCCAGCAGCUUUGCACCUGUGAGUUGCUGGAGCUGGCAGCUUCCUUCAGGCACUGAAUCCCGUUUUGCCUCCUCGGCCUAUGUGACCCCAUACCCCCAGAUCGGCGCGGGCUGCUCGUGGGCUCCGGGCGGUUAGUUAUGACCCACAAAGCCCUAAGUGGCCUGCCCGAGGGAUUGACCCUGCCCAUGCUGUGCUAGGCGAGGGGGUGGCUGGCAGGGCAUUCCCCAGGCGGGUACGGAGCCCCUGGCACUUGCUUUGGAGUAGCCCACCUUGGGGGCAUGCAGGGGAGGCUGAAGGGGGCCGGGCUGGGGCAGCCCAUGGUGGAGUCUCUGCAGUUCCUGGUUGAAAGCUCCUGUUCCUGCUGCUGGGCUGCCUGGAGCCUUGCAGAGGCUGCUCUGCUUCCCUACGGCUAAAUAAAGAACAAGCUCCUGGCCUGGCUCAGGGUAUAUUGGCACAGGGCCCCAGCUGUUCUGUGGGGAGAUCCAGCCCCAGAGCGGUCCAGCCCCUGGUCUGGGAGCUCUUGGUGACAAGCACCCAACCUGAGGCAGGGGCCACCGGAGCCCCAGGGCUUCAGGAGCAGCAGUGCAGCGUGGCUGCAGACAUUCAGUUCCUCAACAGGAGACACCCCUGCUCCUGGCCUGGCUCCCAGCCUGCACUGCAGAGGAGGGGUCUGGGUGAUGCUCAGCCCGGCUCCUUCCCAGGCAGGGAGAGCCAGCACGUGGGGACACUCAGGGAGGGCAGAGAAGGCAGGCCUGCAGCAGCCCCUGGUGCAGAGGGAUGGUUGCAAGGCUGUGCCAGGCGGCGGCCGGGCCUCCAGCUCUUUCAGCCCCCAGGGGUUGUGGUAGCCUGGGAGGGGUGGGAGGCGCCAACAACAGACAGAGGCUGGCUAUGGAAUCAGAGGAGCCUUUUAUUGGGACAGACGCUGGGCAGAGGCAGGACAGACAGGAGGCCAGAUGCUCUGGCGAUGGGAGGGCAGCUGAAGCAGUAGCAGCAGGGGGCUGUGGCAGGCUGCAAGCAGCAAAGCCGCAGGCUGGGGCUGUCUGCCCCUUGGCGCUGCUUCCUUCACCCCAGGCUUAGCACCGCUCUGAUGCUAUGGCUGCUCUGCUCCUCUCCAGGUCUGAGCAUGGUGCAGCAGCAUCUGCCCUUUGCUCCCCCUUGUCCCCAUCCUCCUCCCUGCAGCCGGCUGGCUCGGUGUGGGGAGGGGCAGGCCCUCUCGAACAGGCUGGCCUCCACCAUUGGAUUGAGGGGAGCUGGCCGCCAGGCCCAGCCCCAGGAACUCAGGGAAUCCAAGCUGCAGCCAGCAGCACCAGGGGGUGGAGCGUCAGUCUGGACCUGAUGCUGUGGGGCUUUAGCCUCUGCCCCCUACCCGCUUCCCUCCCAGCAGCAGGGGCUGCAAUGCAGGGGGCCUGCAGCUGGGUGCGUGGGGCACGGGGUGGCAGAAAGGUCAGUCCCAAAGAGGCUGCAGGUGGUGGAGCGCUGGGGUGUCUCUGCCCAUCUCCCUGUGGCUCAGAUGGCCACAGAGCGUGUGGCUUGCUGCAGGUGGUGGAGCCGGGCAGCGAGGAGGAGGAGGGAGCCAGCCAGCACCUCCGAGCUGAAGGAGAGCCAGGCCAGUGCCAUGGACCAGCCAAAGCUGACGUGGACGUGGUCAAAGUGCUGUUGGUUGUACAUGCGGACGGUCUCAGCGAAGGCCGCCUCCGAGUAGCUGAUGUAGACGCUGAUCCCGGUCAAAGUCAGCAGGGCUGCGAGAGGCAGAGACGGCAGGGCUCGGUGCUGGCCUGGGGCACCAUUGCAGCUGUUGGGCCAGUCUGGGGCCAUGGCAGCCGCACAACGGGUGUAGCUGUGCCCAGGUGCUUGGCCCCGGGGGAACAGUCUUGGUGGCCUCACAGUGCAGCCCCCAACUCUCGCUGGUAGCUGCUCUGAGCAUUUGCCCGAGCCCCAGGAAGGUGGGUUGGGAACUCACCAGGUGCUGCAGAGUUCCAGGUUCCUUCAGCACCAUGCACACCAGCCCCACGUCUGCCCAGAGCUCCCAGGGAGUCUGUGUGGUGCAGGGUACUGAUCCCUGCUAGCAGUGCCAGCAAACACCAAGGCGACGUAUCCAGGAGCAACAGUGGGGGCUGCUACUUUUCCCCCAUCUCUGCCCAGGAGACUCGUGGCUGCAUUUGAGAAAUGCUGGCUUAGCCGCCCACAGCAUGCCCUGCAGCCCCCUGGGACUGCAGCCUGCCGAGAGGCUGCAGCUACCCCACUCCAGCCCCUUUGCAUGGGUCCCCGUGUGCCCAGAAGCACUGACAGGUCUCCCCCAAUGCACUGGGAGGAACCCCAGAGCAGCUCAGCUUUCUGCAGCACAGUGAGCCCUGGGAUACGUUCUGGGGACCCCAUGGGCGGCAUGGCACCAGCAAUGCCGCAGCGCCUUGCAUGUGGCUUCGCAGAGCAGCUGCUGCCAGCCAGGCUAAGCGAACCUGGGGGCUUGGCUGAGGUGACUGCAUGACAGAGCCUCUGUUCCUGUCUGCACUGGGGGGAGCCCUGCCCUGCUGCAGGGGGGAGCAGCCUCCCAUAACAGACUGUGGUUCAGCU